AACUGAUCCCAGCCUCUCCGUGCGCUCCUUGCUGGACCUGGGAAGCCGCUGCCAGCCUGCCGUCUCCGCAGCCUCUCGCAUCUCCGCCGCGGCUCCUGCUCCUCGCCUCCCGAUGCGCCUGGCCGAGAUGAUCAAGAAAAUGGGUCCCAGCGAUUCGGAGCUCAAUAUCCCGGCCAAGAACUGCUACCGGAUGGUCAUUCUGGGCUCGUCCAAAGUGGGCAAGACGGCCAUCGUCUCCCGCUUCCUCACCGGCCGCUUCGACGACCAAUACACGCCCACCAUCGAGGACUUCCACCGCAAGUUCUACAGCAUCCGCGGGGAAGUUUACCAGCUCGACAUCCUCGACACGUCGGGGAACCACCCGUUCCCGGCCAUGAGACGCCUCUCCAUCCUCACAGGUGAGAGGCAGGACGGGGAACACGCGCGCCGAAGGGUUUGGGGUUUGGGGUUGGCUGCAAUAGGCGAAGCGCAUCAGCGCAUCUCAGAAAAAUCAAUACCCCCCAUUUUUACUAUUAAUCUUAGAAUUAGUAAUAGUAUUAAUAGCUCUUCUCUCGGUUUGCCGGCUGUUUUCCAAAUUGUGCAGAUCCUUUAGCUGACGGCAUUGCCUUGCGAGCCAUCCAUCCCCAAAAUACGACGCUGCUCAUGUUUUGGAAAUGGUUUGAGAAUUUGCCGCUCCUGGUCUGUAAACUCAUGGACCAGGCUCAGCGGAUUUGCUGGUGUUUCAAACACCUGUUGAUAGAGGCUGAAGUGCGGAGAGAAAGAGAGAGAGAGCAGAAACUAGCGUGAGAAGCAAAAGCGUUCCUCAGGCAGGCUUCUCUUACUGCCUUUUGCAGUCGGAAUGGCAUUUCAGUGCUGCUGAUGCCCUUUGGAAUCAAUGUGCAUGCAGCCGAAAUGCUUACUUGGAAGUAAAAGUCGCAAUGUGUUCAGUGGGGCUUACUGCUGGGUAAAUGCAUGAAGAUUGUAGCCACCCUAGUGCUUUGCUUUAGUCCUAUCAUCGCUGCUUAUUUAAUGAACGGGGCAGUUUGCAAAACCAAAAUCCAAAACCUUUGCAAUUUUGCAACAACAAUAUCCAAAACCCUUUGCAACUGCCCAGUUCCUUAAAAAUUGAGCAAUGCAAGUUUGAGCUCUUAGCUUUUAUUAUCUGCACAGGUUACAUUGCAACUUAGUUCUGGCUUUUGCAAUCAAUGCCAGAGCAAUCUUUUGAAAGGGAGCAAAGGGGAAACGGGAAGGGAAUUUAUCUGCCAAAAGGAAGGUUACCGGUGAGAUUUUGCUCUCUCCUGUACCAUUUGAAAAUCCUUGCAGGUUUCCCGCAAGAAUGUAGAUUGGCUUGCCACCUUUCCAGCGAAAGGCACACUUCCCAAAUAAACACACUUGCACAAGUAGAUGGAAAAACAUACGGCUUAGAGGGCUUCCAGGCAGAAAGCAGUUCUUCCAAAACACCCAACCACUCCACCUGCUGGCUUGCUUUGGUUUCUCUGGGGCUAGAUGGGUGAGCGCAGGGAAUGCUUUCAAAAACCUACCGAGAUCCUAACCUUGUUUCCCAUCUUCUUCCUUUUCUGCAGGAGACGUCUUUAUUCUGGUGUUCAGCCUGGACAACCGAGACUCCUUCGAGGAGGUGCAACGCCUAAAGCACCAGAUCUUGGAGACCAAGUCUUGCCUGAAGAACAAAACCAAGGAGAACAUCGAUGUUCCCCUGGUCAUCUGCGGGAACAAAGGCGACCGCGACUUCUACCGCGAGGUUGGCCCCCGAGAGAUCGAGCAGCUGGUGGGGCAGGACCCCAAAAAAUGUGCCUACUUCGAGAUCUCUGCCAAGAAGAAUAGCAGCUUGGACCAGAUGUUCCAGGCGCUCUUCACCAUGGCCAAACUGCCUAGCGAAAUGAGCCCAGACCUCCACCGGAAAGUGUCCAUUCAGUACUGUGACCUCUUGCACAAGAAAACUCUCAAAAGCAAAAAGUUUUUGAAGGAAGGAUCAGGAGAUAGUGCCGGAGACGCCUAUGGCAUCGUGGCUCCCUUUGCCCGCCGGCCAAGCGUCCACAGCGACCUCAUGUACAUUCGCGAGAAGACCACCCGGGGAGGGCAGUCGAAGGACAAAGAGCGCUGUGUGAUCAGCUAAGCCUCUCUUGCCUUAAAGACCUUCCCAGCGGAGAUGGGAAGCCUCUUGUUUACUACCAAAAAACUCUUGCCAGCGCUUACGGCAGCGGCAGAAGCGGCAGCAUGCGCCUUCUCUGCCAAGGGCGGCGACGCAGCGCCCAUGCCAAAGGCCACAAUUCCUCCAAGCUCUUUUAAGGGGGCUCUUUUUCCAACGGCUCCCCACGAUUUCGGUUUUUAAGAUUUUGGAGGUGAGCUGGCUUGGGAUUUGCCAGCGGGAGUUCCCUGGCCGAUAGAUGGACUUAAGAACUUGAACGUGGAGAAGAGAGAGACAUUUGCAAGAAAGGGAAAGAAAGAAAAAACUUUGUGGGAAGGAGAAAUGUUUCCCUUCCUGUCUCUCUGCAUUGUAUUUUGUCUUUAAAGUACUGGGGGGGGGGGUUCGAGGGGGGAGGGGAAAAACAGCCAUUAUUGAACUGUGAAGUUACUCUCAAGGCUGUCUCUUUGUGAUGUUUUCUGUGGAGCAACUCCAGAAGAAUUUAACCAUUGUUGCUGCUGAAAAUAACCUGCCAAAACUCUCUAUUGCGCCCCUCAGCCCCAAUGUUUGGGACUAUGAGGGGCUUGUUUUGGGGAGGGGGGGGAGUUGGCUGUUGAAAAGCCGCUUCUUGUUUACAUUCGCCUUUCUCUGUCUUGAUUUUUUCUCUCUCAGAACGAGAAAAUUGCAUUCAAGCAAACAGGCACUUUAUAUGUCGAGCUUUUUCUGGUCCAUGGACUUGAACAAAAUCGCAGCUCAGUGUUUCUUGCGACGAGCUUUGUUAAUAUUUUUUUUCUACAAAAAUAAAACUUUUGAAAAUAAUGAGAAA